GAAAGGAAGAGAGAGAGAGAGAGAGAGAGAGAGGGGAGAGACACGUUGCGUCGAAUCGAACGAGAAUCGAUCGAGAUCCGUUCGCCACUCUUUCACCAGGAUCCGGUACAACGUUUGCAUCGCGGAUAUUUUCGAGCAUUUCUCAGGAAGAAAGAUCGUCGCUGUUCUAACGCUGUUACAACGGAUCAAGCUGCGAAGAAUCGAAAUCGUCAAGACUAGAUCGAGGUUGGGCCGGGGGUCGGGGUCGAGGUCGAGACCCAGAUCAACAUCAAGAUCUUGGUCGAAAUCGAGGUCGUGCUUGGAUGUGGAGGGAGAUAACGGAAGAAAAUCACGAAAGAGAAUCGCUUUCUUUGAUUUUUCUGUCUAUUCGAUCGAUAUCGGAGACACCGAAACGAAAUGAAGCCGAUCCAAGGUGCGAUAUGGUUGCUUCUAUUGGCGGUUGGAUGUAUAGCUUUACCGGCGCAAUUACAAGCAAAUUCGAAGAAUACGGCCAAGACGAAGCAAAGCAAGACGGCGUCGUUGCAUUCGAGGGAUGGCGGGUCUAACGAUUCGGCAAUUAUACCGAACGGUAGUAGGAACAUCGAUGAGAACAGCAUCGAUGUUAACAACGAUACCAAGAUUACCGGUAACAACGACGUGGACAGCGUUACUCUAUCGAAACCGCUUCCUCUCGGAAUUUCUGCUACUAUCGAGAACAACGCGGUGCUCGCAUCGUCCCUACCGUCAUCGCCAUCAACCACGUCGGCAUCGGUAUCCACAUCCACUUGGACGGAUCAUCCUCUCGCGGGAAUGACGGAGUUGUCCCCGACGAGCGGUUCUUCGUCGCCGUCAAUUAGCAAAACAGAAUUUAGUUCGGCAACGACGAGCAACCGCGGAACCACCAUGACCACGAGAGUCGCGUUAAAUACCAGCACUUUUAAUACCAGUUUGAGCGUGUUCCCUACCGAAGCCUCUUCGAGAACCAUCGCCACCAAUCGAGAUACGGCUACCUUGCUAUCCUCCUCGAAAAAAUCCACCACGAAUUCGAACGAAUUUAUCACCACUCCUGCUACGGCUUGGUCGAAGGAGACGCGAGAAUCACCCGGAAAAAUUCGCCCUCAAAUCAAGCUGACGACAAACUACACUAGUCUGGCCGAGACAGGAGUACGACUACCGGAGGGUGCGAGCGCAGCUCUGGCAAAACCAACCAAGUAUCAUUACUAUCCGCAUAAUCAGCACAUCUACUUGUUGCCAGAAUGCGCUGUUCAGCAGGUUUGCAAUGCGGUCUACGUUAGACUCAACUUUACCCAGCCUCUGUGCGCUUGUCCAGGAAGAUACCGCGACCCUUGCAGCGCCUCUCUCGACAGCGACGAUCUCCACACUACGGAGCUGGUCACCGACCCUCGAACCAAGGCCCUAACGUUGGUGAAAACGUGCGAACCAGUGGCGGAAAUGCGCGAAUGUAGAAUACCGAGGGACUGGUCUCUUCUCGCGCUACAAAACGUGCGAACGGGAAAGUCUCAUUACCUCGUGAUAUGUCGCUGUCCCGAUGCCAACAUAUUGGAGGGUCCUAUGAGUCACGACCAACCAACAUAUGCCAGUGUACCAGGGAUUCGGGUUUACGGGAUGAUGUGCGUGCAAGGAAAUCGAAAAGGUCGACAACUGCGGUAUACCCGCGCUCUUUCAGAUCGUCUCCAACGAGAAAUGGUCCAAGAUUCUCACAAUGACAGAGAAAACGCGAACGAACGAUUGAACUUUCCAUGGUACAAGGUACAACAACUUAUGGAUAUAGCUGUUUGGGACUAGAUUCGUUGAUUAAACAAACAACUUUCGACGAUACGAUCAGCGACACUAUGCUUAGCGGCGUAUCCUUCUAUUUAUUCGUUAUAAGCGUUUCUCUCUCUCUCUCUCUCUCUCUCUCUCUCCCUCUCCCUCUCUCUGCUUCGCUUCGCCCUCAAUUUAUUUAUCGAUUCGUCCGUUUCUUACGUUUAUUUAUAUAUAUAUAUAUAUAUAUAUAUCAUACGUAUCUAGAUGCAUAUGUAUAUCUAUCCCUACCGAGGCACGUUUAUAACAUCGAGUCCGACACCGUGAAACAACGAGCAGAUCGCGAAAGCUGCGUGUAUUGUAUCCUUUCGUACGUUUGUCUGUUAUAAUUUCGACUACACCGCGUGAUUCUACGUAACGAUCGAACGUAAUCAGCGUUAAAUAUUACAUUCCUAGUAUCGUCGUCGCUCAACGUGUCACUCUCUUUCCUUUCCUUAAAUCCUCGAACGAAUUCGACCGUUUACUCGCGUUACUACCUUCUGUAUUCCGUGUAGUAACAAAAAUAGUAGAAUAACACCGAAUGCCAAACGUAUCGUACGAUGAGCGGAAAAUUAUAGUUGGUUGACCGUUUAUCCGAUUAGAAUAACGAAUUAAUCGUACGAAUACUAUCGUCUCCGUCUAUGGUGAAUCUAUGGCGAAUCUAUGGUGAAUCUAUGGUAAAAUUAAUGAAAAAAUCAUUUUAUCUUUAAUAAAUAUGUUACGCAAUUCUGUAAGAUAGACUCGCGAAUACAAGCAUCGAUCACAGAUUACGCGGCAACAAAAAUAUCGUAAAUCUCGUAGAGAACGUUGCGAACGAACAUCCCCGCCUCUUUCUAUAUUCUACGAGAAGAAGCGUAUCGUGUUAAAUUAAAAAAUAUUACGUCGUACUGUACGGAUUACGAUCGCGUGAAUCGUACUUCGGGUGAAUUCACGUUGAGAAAGAAGUGGUGAGAAGAGAUCGUGCCGAAUAAAUUAUUCCGUUUGAAAUCCUACAGAAACGAAACAUACAAAUCGAACGAUACAAACCAGAUUUUUUGAUAGUAAAAUAUUCUGUUAUUCAUUUUUUACCUAAUCCUUUGUACGCGCGCGUUGUGUGCGUGUGUGUGUGUGUCGCGCCCAACGUGUGAUCUGUUUAGGUUUCUUUUAAGAAAUUCUUGUCUCUUUCGAGAAAGAGUAUCGACGCCUCGUUAAACCAUCUCGACGUUUUGCAAGCAUCGUAUAAACGACCGUAUAUCCGAAAAGUUGAGAAUAAAUGUCGCGGCGGAUAGUCGAAGCGAACGAAAGGCGACAAAGUAUUUCACGAUACGAAAAUUCGACGAUAUAUCCGAAUCAACGUAAUAAGGAUACUCGUCUUUCCAUUUCAUCCGGCCUGCUUCAUCCACCCAAUUACUCGUUAAAUGAAAACAAAAUCAAACUUACCCAGUACGUCCGAAUUGACUAGGACGCUGCAGCUAUACAUCGGAGUAACUAAUCGAGGGUGUCUCGAAUUAAACGCACGACGGCAAGCUUCUUUGCAUGCUGACAUCAAAUGACCACCGUCCAUCUGUCCUUGAUUCUGGCUGCCAUUUUCGCUAAUAACAUAGGUUUUUAUUUUUCAAACGAUGUUCGAUUUUAUUAGCUGAUUAGACGUUGAAACGUUAAAACGCAACGACGCGAGGAAAAUGCAAGCACGAAAGGUGAGAAAAGGAAAGAGACGAUACGUAAAAGGAAACGACGACGGGUUAAAAACGUACAACGUGUAAAGUAACGCGUAUAUGGUACGUACACGAUGCUUGUGAAAUUGAAGCGUUAAUUUCGUUUAGUUUGUUCGUUCGACUAAUUUAAUACGCAAUAUGAAGCUUUACCCGAAGAAGCGAUAUACCUUUGUGAAUCUUGAUUAUUAAUUUCCCACUUUUUCACGACGAAACAGACACCCAUCAUAGGCUCUUCGCAGAGAGGUCCGGCGAGCG